AUGGAGGAAAUAGAUGGAGGAGGAGAGAUGGAGGAGGAGGAGGAGAGAGAGAGGGAGGAAUUGAUGGAGGAGGAGGAGGAGAGAGAGAGGGAGGAGAGAGGAUGGAAAAGAGAGGAGAAAGGACAGAGAGAAGAAAGAGGACAGAGGAGAGAGAGGAGCAGUUUCCGUGUGUCCGUGAACGCAGCAGCGCAGCCUCUUUCCAACAUGUCUGUGUACGGGCCCGUGGUGAAGAUCCACCCGGUGGUUUUAGCCUCCAUCUGCGACUCCUACGAGCGGAGGAACGAGGGGGCGAGCCGCGUGAUCGGGACCCUGCUCGGCACCAUCGACAAACACUCGAUAGAAGUCACCAACUGCUUCUCUGUGCCGCACAAUGAGUCCGAAGACGAGGUUGCUGUGGACAUGGAGUUUGCCAAAAACAUGUACGAGCUUCACAAGAGAGUGUCUCCGACUGAAGUCAUCAUUGGUUGGUACGCCACAGGGUUCGACAUCACAGAGCACUCGGUGCUGAUCCAUGAGUAUUACAGCCGAGAGGCCUCUAACCCCAUCCACCUGACUGUGGACACGGCUCUGCAGAGCGGGAAGAUGAACAUCCGAGCAUACGUCAGGUCUGUGCCGUCACAGACACACUACAGACACAGGCCCUACAGACACAGGACCUACAGACACAGGACCUACAGACACAGGCCCUACAGACACAGGACCUACAGACACAGGACCUACAGACACAGGCCCUACAGACACAGGCCCUACAGACACAGGCCCUACAGACACAGGACCUACAGACACAGGCCCUACAGACACAGGCCCUACAGACACAGGACCUACAGACACAGGCCCUACAGACACAGGACCUACAGACACAGGACCUACAGACACAGGACCUACAGACACAGGACCUACAGACACAGGCUCUACAGACACAGGACCUACAGACACAGGACCUACAGACACAGGCUCUACAGACACAGGCCCUACAGACACAGGACCUACAGACACAGGCCCUACAGACACAGGCUCUACAGACACAGGCUCUACAGACACAGGCUCUACAGACACAGGCCCUACAGACACAGGACCUACAGACACAGGCUCUACAGACACAGGCCCUACAGACACAGGCCCUACAGACACAGGCCCUACAGACACAGGCUCUACAGACACAGGCCCUACAGACACAGGACCUACACACACAGGACCUACACACACAGGCCCUACAGACACAGGCCCUACAGACACAGGACCUACAGACACAGGACCUACACACACAGGACCUACACACACAGGACCUACACACACAGGACCUACAGACACAGGACCUACACACACAGGCCCUACAGACACAGGUUCUACAGACACAGGACCUACAGACACAGGUUCUACAGACACAGGACCUACAGACACAGGACCUACAGACACAGGCCCUACAGACACAGGCCCUACAGACACAGGCUCUACAGACACAGGACCUACAGACACAGGACCUACACACACAGGCCCUACAGACACAGGUUCUACAGACACAGGACCUACAGACACAGGACCUACAGACACAGGUUCUACAGACACAGGCCCUACAGACACAGGCCCUACAGACACAGGCCCUACAGACACAGGCUCUACAGACACAGGCUCUACAGACACAGGACCUACACACACAGGCCCUACAGACACAGGCCCUACAGACACAGGCCCUACAGACACAGGCCCUACAGACACAGGACCUACAGACACAGGCCCUACAGACACAGGCUCUACAGACACAGGCUCUACAGACACAGGCUCUACAGACACAGGACCUACAGACACAGGCCCUACAGACACAGGACCUACAGACACAGGCCCUACAGACACAGGACCUACAGACACAGGCCCUACAGACACAGGCUCUACAGACACAGGACCUACAGACACAGGCCCUACAGACACAGGCCCUACAGACACAGGCUCUACAGACACAGGCUCUACAGACACAGGACCUACACACACAGGCCCUACAGACACAGGCCCUACAGACACAGGCCCUACAGACACAGGCCCUACAGACACAGGACCUACAGACACAGGCCCUACAGACACAGGCUCUACAGACACAGGCUCUACAGACACAGGCUCUACAGACACAGGACCUACAGACACAGGCCCUACAGACACAGGACCUACAGACACAGGACCUACAGACACAGGCCCUACAGACACAGGCCCUACAGACACAGGCCCUACAGACACAGGACCUACAGACACAGGACCUACAGACACAGGCUCUACAGACACAGGCUCUACAGACACAGGACCUACAGACACAGGCCCUACAGACACAGGCUCUACAGACACAGGACCUACAGACACAGGCCCUACAGACACAGGCCCUACAGACACAGGCCUGGAGUAGUGUUUGACCCCAUCCACGCUGAUAUGAGGAACUGGCUCAAACCUUACACCACCCAGUGA